UCGAAAGUACCAUUUUCUUCUCUGUCAAAGAAGAAAAGAAAAUAAUCGACGCCUCUGGAAGGCUGAACUGAGAGAGCUGAACCCAAGGUACGCUUCGACCCCAAACCCCAAGCUAACCCUAACGCCCAAUGGCGGCAGGCGGCGGGAUCCCGUGGGCGGAGCGGGCCCGGGCGGUGGGUGUCCAGAUCCGCAACCGGUUCCGCGUGGCGCCCGUCGACCGCCGGUGGGUGUGGGGGCGCCCCGACGGCCGCGCCGCCUCCGAGGCGGUUCGGCAGUGGUCGGACCGAAUCCGGGACCGGCUGCGGAGAGACAGGGCACCGGAUCAGAGCUCCACGGAGGCGGCGUCGAGGCCCUCGUCUAGCGCCUUGAGAUUCUACAGGAAGAAAGUGGGCAAAGUAGUCGAUGGGGCUGAAGACUCUGUUAUUAUCCGUUCACUUCAAGCAUUGGCUGUUCCUCUUAUUGGCAAUGCUUGCCAUGUUUUUAUGCAUGGCCUCAAUUCUGUCCAGAUUUAUGGCGCAGAGAAGCUUGAGCAGGCAUUGCACGGGAGACCUAAAGGGAAGCCUCUUUUAACGGUCAGCAAUCAUGUGGCUGCUAUGGAUGACCCUUUCGUAAUUGCAUCUCUUCUGCCACCAUCCGUUAUGAUGGAAGCGCAGAAGUUGAGAUGGACACUAUGUGCGACUGAUCGCUGCUUUACAAAUCCAAUUUUGUCUACAUUCUUCAGGUCUGUUAAGGUGUUGCCUGUUUCUCGUGGCGAAGGUAUCUACCAAAAGGGGAUGGAUAUGGCACUCUCGAAACUUAACAAUGGUGGAUGGGUUCAUAUAUUUCCUGAAGGGAGUCGUUCGAGGGAUGGUGGGAAAACCGUUGCUCCUGCCAAGAGAGGUGUUGGAAGAUUGGUAAUGGAUGCGGACAGCCUACCAGUUGUGAUCCCCUUCGUCCAUACUGGUAUGCAGGAUAUAAUGCCUGUUGGAAAACGUAUCCCGAGAACAGGCAAAAGGGUGAUCGUGGUUGUUGGUGACCCAAUCCACUUUGACGACCUGAUCGUUGACAACGGUGAGGACACUCAACAUAUUUCUAGAGGUAUCUUGUAUGAUAAAGCAACAGAAAGGAUUGGACAGCAGCUGCAGCAACUGAAGGUCGAAGUCGACAGAUUGGCAGCAGAGCAGAAAGCUGAACUCCAAAGCCGUUGCAUAGACGAUACAGUCAAUGAUGGGUACCGGCUGUGGCAGCAGGUUGAUUGGGAAGCAUUUGGCAUAGGGAACAUGUUAUCAUCCGACCGAGAGCCACUGAAGCAAGUUCAGCAUGAACUGCUUCUGGCAGAACAAAGCACUUCACUACCAAAACAAGCCGAGCCUGAACUGCACCUGGAGGAACAAAGUGUUUCCCCAGUCCCAGGUGCAGCAAUCUCUCCUGAUGUUGGCGUUCCACACUGGUUCCGACGUCACUCAGAUCCUUCUGAGCUGAUGGGCUUUGCUGCCCGUGGCCUGCUCAAGAAUGGUAGGUUCAUGGAAGAAGGCUACCGGCAGUUUCCAGAUUCGACUGCACUCGAUGAUGUCUGGUGGGGAGCUCAGGCCAACAAUGCAAUGCCCAGAUGGAGCACCGCUUGACGGAGGCCAUGAUCAUGCUCCUGUGCGCCGCCUUUCCCUUUGUACAGUUAACCGACGCCGACAUGAACUUUUAACACUUUCGUGCAUUCUUUGUUGCUGUCAGUUUUGGAGAUAGUUCAGAGUGCUAAAUUUUGCAUGUUAUAUGUAAGAACUAAGAAAAGCUUUACACGCCAAAGAUCUUGCCCUUGCCAAGAUAUUUUUGUGUUUUCUCAAAAUUGAAUUCCGAAGUGAACAUCCUGUGGAA